AAUGAGAGCCCACAGAAGCUGCAUCGUGCAGCGCAGUACCUCUCGCGCCGUGUUUCUGCUGCCUUCACGUGUACUUAUCGGGAUUCGCGCUGAUCGCCUGCACGACUGAAGACGCUUUUCCCCGAGUACGAAGGUGCUUAUCGGUUGCAACUACAGUGGUUGGCAGAAAGCGAAAGUCCGAACUGGAGGUGGAAAAAAUUGUAUAAGCUGUCAAUCAAAGAGCUGACCUUGGGACCUCUGCGAUGGCAACAGUGCUACGUCCCUCCAUCGCCACUACUUCGGUGGACGCCGCGAAGCCGUCCUCUGAGCUGUGCGCAUUGAAGUGCGACUCAGCUGGACCUGGUCCAUCCGACCGCGUUGAAACCCAUCAAUCCGUCGGAGGGAUAUCGAUGCUUCGAAGCCCGGAGUGGUGAACUGGAGUUAAUGCGGGUCUAUGUUUGGUCCCGUCAGGCGCGGACAUGGAGGUCAAUGGUGCCUAUGGCCAGAUACACGGCACACGCUUAACCGUUGUCCAAUAACGAAGAGGGGCUGCGAGGAGGGAGGCACCAUUGUCUCGUGUACUGCGGUGGAGUGGGUUGGGGUAUGAAGUGCCUGUGUUUGAGUUCAGGAUGAAAGUAGGGUGGAGGAGUCAGUGACCGCAUUCUGUUCAAAUGACGAUUCGUUUCAGAACUUUCAUGGCUAGACCCUAUUUCCAGGACGAUGCAACUGGUCAUUCUGGCCUACUAUCUCACUCCAUCAUUGUUGUCAACUUUGGAAGGUCGAAGGCAACGUAAAUUCUUGGAAGACGAAAGUGGUUUUUAUACACCUUGGUUUCCACUUUCUCGAAACUGAUACGUAAUUUGUUGUGCACUGAAAUGUAAGAGAAUAGAAAAGAAAACUCAAAUGGCUUCGAAGGUUUGAAAGAUCAGGUUUCAAUCUUGCUCACAGUCUGAUUCAAUGUUCUGAGAAGCGACGAUCAAUAGUCCCUCCACUUAGAAAAAAACUAAGGUACUCGUAGGACUGCCAUGUAGACAGUUGGUGUAUGAAACGGGACGUACGUAAGUGGUUGUGUUGUUUCAAUAACCGAUGUUGAGCGAGAUGCACCCUGAGCGGAAAUGAUUCCGCGUGUGGGAGGUGUGAAAAGAAUGGAAACUGGAUCGUGAGGAGUGUGCCCUAAUGCCCUUCAAUGAAAUUAGUCUCGCCGCCAUUGGUUGGGGCUCCUCUAAGCAGGCACAUGGGCCAAAUGAAGCUCGCUUUCGUUUCUGGUCUGAUAACUCCUGUUAACGUAUAGUUCCAGGAUCUGUGCCCAUAGUCCCAGCAUUAUGUCACCCCUUGGCUCACCGUUGAUGUUGUCUCAUAAACAUUCCAGACGUCAUGUGUAGCAACCCAUGAAUCCAAAAUGUAACGUACAACAUCUGCUAGCGUGACUGUGGAUCGUAUCAGCAUAACCCUUCGCGUAGAACGUUUGCGAUUACGAGAGGGGGGUCAUCUUAAUUCAAUUCUGAUCAUUGAGCUAUCGUAGGAUGAAGGGGAUUUUGCAGUCGUUGUGAAAAUUUCGACUUCGUCACUCUAUUUUUAGGGUCCCCGUAGCAUCUCGCGUCCUCUUUGGAAUUUAUUGUUUUUAGGGUAAGCAGAUUGUGUGAUUAUUGAUGUGUUAGUGCACCCAGUUCGUACCCUAAUUGCUGUAUAAGCGAAGAUGUGGUGGUUCAAGAUAUGCCUGCAUUACGAUCAGAGAGGACCAGGGUGAGAGUGACGGGAUGGACGCCAUGGCCUUUGACGCAGCCUGUGAGUUAAUACACAUUGCACUAUGGUGGGGAGAUGUAAGCCGGCGUGGCAGAAAAGUAACCAGGGGCUUUCACAUGUCGUGAUGUGGCACGAGGUGAAUGAGGCGGUCGAUGUUUCGUUUGAAGAUGCCACUAAAGAGCAUCGAAGAGAUGCUGAGAGAAGUGGGGAGGAGAUCGAGAGACUCACUGUGGAUGAGAAUCUCGGUGACAUUGAAAGAGCCUGCCUAUUCCUGGCUUCAAACGCGCAUCCGCUACAGCAUAGCUGCGCAAUUGGGAAGCUACCUUCCCUUUUCAAUGAGUAUGGAACAAAGGCGCAUGAAGCCAUAUUUCCUACUCUCACUGCAAGCCUUGAUGAAUACAGUGAACAUUGCCAGAUUCAGGCAGCUGAGGCUCUUACUACAAUACUGCUAGAUGCAUCCUUGUCGAAAGAGGCGCCAGAUUGGUUUUUUCCCAUAGCUUUUCGUAUGAUAAAUGGUGUUCGCACCCCUGAAGUCAUGAAAUCCUGGCUGGGGACGAUGCGGGCUCUAGUGCCGGUGGUACCCCAACAGAUGCUCACCGAGGACCUGUUACAACUGGCGCUUGCGAGAGCGCAGGGAGAAGAGAGUAAGCAGGCUCAUGUUGUUGCAAGCAGCAUAUUCGGAGCCAUUGCACCCUUCCUUGAUGGGAAGCUUAUCUUGCAAACGUAUUUGCACAAAGCUAUGGGCCUUUGUCAGGACACAGAUUCUGAAGUGCGGACGUGCAUGUGCGAGCAGCUUAACAACAUUUCUCGAUCUGUUGGUUUGAACACCUUCAUGAUAUUUGUAUUUCCGGAGCUCAAUGAAUUGCUGAGAGACGAAGAAUUGGUGGUACAGUCCGCAGCGGUGGAAAGUCUGGUGCAGUUGCUGGGGUUCUUACCCCCUGACAUUCGUCAGAUUCAAGUGUUGCCGUUCCUCCGUUCAUUAUGUGAUGAGGGGAAUGCUGCUAUGCAUGUCUGCCUUGCCAGAUUACUUGGAGACAUUAUCAUAAAGAUGGUGCCAGAUUUAUUAGAAGAUGAAGCGACGCUCUUGCUGGACGCGUAUAAAAUAUUGUCUCAGCAAGCCAAUGAGGACGUGCGUCAGCUUUGUGCUUACAACUUUCCUGCCAUUCUGAAGACAAUUGGUGCACGCAAAUACUCAACUAUGUUACAUGCCACCUAUCUCCAAUAUAUACAAGAUACAUCUCCAAUUGUUCGCUGCACCGCAGCUGCCUGCUUACAUGAGGUGGCAAAGAUCCUUGGUAAAGAGCGUACAGCUUCUUACUUGAGAGAAAGCUUCUACAGUCUAUUGAAGGACCCGGCUCUGCUUGUGCAGUCCAAGCUGUUCGGCAUCCUUCACGUUGUCUUAGGGCACUUCAGUGUGUCGAAUACACAGUCAAAAGCCACAACCUACGCAAACAUGAUUCCUUCAUUGCUGCAAGCUGAGAAGAGCGUUAGUGGCACCAAUCAAUGGCGGAUGCAGCGCUCUCUCCUCCAAGCUUUUCCACUACUAGCAGAGUACUUGACCAGUGACCAGAUUUACGAGAAUUUUGUGCCUAUUUGUUUCCGUUAUAUGGCGGAUGGUGUACCACCGGUCAAGAUUUCAGCGGCUUUAGCGCUUGCUGUGUUUCUCCGGAAUAACUGCAAGAUUCAGCAGCGUUAUGAACUUGCACAGAAAGUGGUGAAAGAGUAUGGGCAAGGGCAAAGCUAUUGGUCGCGUUUGCUUUACAUCGACUUCUGCGAGAGUUUUCUCAGAGUUGCGAGUUCUCGUAUGUUCAAAGAGAGCUUCCUGGAGUUGGCCAUCAAUGCCCUCCAGGAUCCAGUGCCGAGCAUUCGAAUGAGAGCCUGUCAGAUAAUCAACCCUCUUAGGACAGUAAUAAGACUCCCUGAUGAUGUGGCUCUACUUGAGAGAAUCAACCACCUGGCUACCCAGAGGUUGAACGACACUGAUCGUGAAGUAGUAGAGGCUGCACGCAUUGCUUCUGAUAGUCAGAAACGAGUUUUCGUCCUCGACAGGGAUCCAUCACAUGAUCACCCCUCUGCUCAGGAUGAAUAUGAGAAAAUGGACAAACUUCGUGAGGACGAGGAAUGGAACAUGCUUAGCAAAGAAGAGCAGGAGGAAAAGCGUAAGAUGGAUGACAACUUACAACGGGCCAAGAUUGAGAGUCUGCGAAAGUCGAGUGCAGACGCUACAGGUCGAAGUGGUUCGACAACAUCUGCAUCUGAUUCAAGCUCCUCCAAUGCUUCCAAAAAGGGAUCCACUAGUAAAACAAACGCUCCGCGGCAGGGCACUGAUUCGGGGAAGAGCUCCAGGUCGGCAACUCUAAGCAGGACCAAGUCACAAUUAGGUACUAGUGGGUUUACACCCCCUGCUUCAUCAGGUUCAGCACCAACAACCAAUGUGCCUUCCUCAGGCAGCAACUCCCUUUCUACAAAGCGAGGCAGUCUCCCCCUUUCCCAGAAAUCUCUCAGCCCCAAUUCCCCACCGUCACGGAAACCUCCCAGUGUGGCCUCCUCCCCAAACCCCUUCGCGGAUGGUACACUGCCCAGUAAUAGUCAGGUGCCGAGGAGGAACAGUGCCAAGCGCUGAAACCCUACUUGUGAAUGAUGAACCCUUUGAACUAAACCCUUUUUAUGGCAGAAUUUUUGUGAUUGAACGUUGCAGGGUUUGCCUCAAGAGUUUGAUGUUAUUAACUGUAGCUACUUUUCUGUACAGAUGCGGUUUGCCUCAAAUGUUUCCAACUGCAUUCUUUGUUUCAUUUCGUGCUAAUGAACCCUGACAUGCAGUACACUUAGUGGUCAGCAAACUAAUGCUUCAGCUGUAGAGGUGGAAGUCACUGAUUGCAGGCCUGAGACUUCAGCUGCAUUGUAGUUAAGGAUUAAUUUUUCAGGUGGUUGCGGGGGCAUUGAGACAGGAACAGUCUUUGGAGGCAAGUGAGGUUUCUCUGUUAGUACUGCUUCAACUCUGAACAGGGUCUUGACGGUGUUUUGUUC